CAAUGGAGCAUUCUAACUUAAAACGUCUAGUUAUCUCCAUGAAACAAAACCUCUUUGAUCAGGGAUACCUAGAUGAACAAUUUUAUGAACUAGAGAAUUUGGAAGAUGACGUCAGCCCUAACUUUGUGGAGGAAGUUGUGAACACAUACUUGAAGCACUCAUCAAGAUUGAUGGCCAAUAUAGAGCAUGCUUUGGAGAAAAAUCCUGGAGAUUUCCACAAGCUGGACUCAUACAUGCAACAGUUCAAGGGUAGUAGUUCAAGCAUUGGAGCUGCAAAGCUGAAGGAUGAAUGCCUUAAAUUUCAGGAGAAAUGUGAACAAAAGAACAUUGAAGGAUGCAUGAGAUCAUUUCAGAAGGUGAAAAGUGAGCACGGCAUCCUGAAACAGAAGUUGGAGGCAUAUUUUCAGUUAUUGAGGCAAGUUGGCCCUAGUGAAAGAGCAACUUCAAGCAACUGAAGAUGAUCAAUAUAAUAUAUGAAGAUGCAGUAUUAUAUGAUGCUUUUAAUAUGCUUAUAUAAAUGGGAAUAGAAGUAAUAAUAUUAAUGAUAUUAUUAUUAUGUGAAACUUGAUCAGAUGCUAUGUAUCAUCAUUAUUGUAAAUUUUAAAAACCACAUAUAUAUAUAUAUAGGGAAUACUAAUAUUAUUAUGUCAAACUUAAUCAGAUGCUAUGUAUGUAUCAUCAUUAUUGUUAAUUUUAAAAACCAUAUAUCUAAA